UCACUCAUUAUGCACUACAACAAUUUAAUUUUUGAUAUUUUUUUCUCCAAAUUCAUAUAAGAAAUCAAUGUAAAACCUAUUUAAAAAAUUGUAAAUUAUUUACAAAUAAAACGCCUAAAUACGUAAUACCAUAACAUAGUUGUAUUAUUUAGCUACUUAUAAAAAUCCAUACUCAUUUCUUAGCUCCAGCUCAAAUGGUGACAUUCAAGCAAAAUAUUGGUUUCUUUUUCAAGGGAGCUUUAAAUGAAUGUUAGCUAAACAAAAUUCCAGUGAUAUUAAUUUGUCUUGCUUAUUCAGCAGGCAAUACUAAUAGAAAAUCUACAACCUUUGCAAAAACAUAUUUAGGAAAUACAUUGUAGGAUGAAAUAAAAACAGGGAAGGAACUUCUGCCAGGGUUUAGUUCACUUAAGCUGUUUGUAAAAGGUAGUUUAUGGAUGGCCAAAUUUGAGGAGGAAUCCUAUCAACCUUUAGAAAGAAUGGACCGGUAUUUAAAGAGCAUACAAAAACACACCUGUGUCCUUGGUUACAGUAAGAAAGGUGUUUGUACUACAAAGACUAAAAAAUGGGAUGUUGUGCGAAAACUUGCAAAGAAACUUGCUACAGAAGACGAAGUUGCUGGAAGAACCUUCAGAGAACCCCAAGAUCCCGAUCCCGGAGUACAGCUCCUCCCCAGGCAGGAUAUUAUGGUAUAUGGAACCAUUCCAACAAUGGAACAACGGGAACUUUUAAAAUGCAGCAAUUGUGGAAGGGUGUUUUACCCCCAAGACAUACGAAACCAUGUAAAUUGUUCCAGAAGGCCUCACACUUUACCUAAUAUCCUAAAAAAGAAAGUAAAAACCAAGCAGAAUGUUAGUAGUAGUAAUGGGAAAAAGCCCAGCACAAAUGGUGACAGCCCACACUCCAGUUCAACGAAUAGUAAUAACGCGACACCUCAGUCCAUUGUUUCUAGCGUCGUUGUUUGUCCUACUAAAGGAGUUAAAAGUUUUGAAUUUAAGAGACCAUAUACGCCCCCGCCACUAAAGCCAGCAGUGCAUCGACCGCCUGGUUCGCCAUCACCUUCAAUGCCACAGCUAAAAGUGUCUGUAACAAAGAUAGGUUCCACAAAAGUUACGAAAACUUCACCGUUAAUCGUUUCUGCUCCCUCCGAAACUACCUCCAAUCAAAGACCUGACAACAAAUUGACCCCUUCGAAGAUCGUAUCUUCUUCAAAGGUAGUGACUUCAUCAAAGACUGCUUCAUCAUCGAAGGGUAGCUCAUCAUCAGUUAGCUCUCACCACAGCUCAUCCUCAAAGAGCUCGUCUUCUGGUGCUCAUAGUUUAUCAAAAUCUUCAUCAGCUGGGCAUAUUUCGAGAAGUUCAAGCUCUUCGUCGUCGUCAUCGUCGUCGUCUGGAUAUCAUGGUUCCAAAAGUUCUUCGUCGUCUAGCCAUCAUAGCUUGAAGAGUUCAUCUCCAUCAUCUUUAUCUUUAGGCCACCAUAGGUCUAGGAGCCCCUCAUCUUCUGGUCACCACAGUCCCAAGUCUCCUUCCACUAAGAGUAGCAGUAGUGGUAGUAGCCAUCAUGGGAGCAACCACCAUAGCAGCAGCUCUAGCAGCCAUCAUUCUUCUAAAUCGUCAUCAACAUCUUCAAAAUUCUCAUCAAGCGCCACAGUACCAUCAAAGUCAACACCAAUGGAUACCUUACCGCCAAGUUCCUCAUCAUCUUCGUCCACAUCAUCUCAUCACCAUCAUUCGUCAAGCAGCAAUUCAGGCCAUAGUUCCAGUCGUCACAAGAAGCCCUCCUCUUCCAAAAGAAGUAUUAGCAGUAGCAGCAGCGGCAGUAGCAGUAGUACCAGCUCUGGUAGCAGCAAAAGCAUGCCAAAAAAUUUCAAUCCAGAUAUCCACUGCGGAGUCGUCGACGGAGGAAGAGGUCCUUGUAUGAGAAGCAUUACAUGUUCGAACCAUAGGCUCCACCUAAGGAAAUUGGUGUCUGGUCGAAGCAAAGAUAUCCAUCAGUUAAUAGCUGAAAGAAAAGCGGCUAAAGAAAAUGAAUCAAAAUUAGCUACACCAGUAACUGCACCGCAGCCACCAGUUAUGAUGCAACUAGGCCCAAACGGAGGGUCAAAAAACUACGCAUCAGGUCCCACUACCGGCUGCGCUCCAAUUGUGGUCCCAGCUGCAAGCACCCCAGACACAAUUAAAGUGGAGAAACACUUUGAACCUUAUCUGCCUGCGGAAGAGUUUCUUUAUCCACAAGAGUUAUCAAACACCGCGGAAAUGAUGCAGAAGUUAGUUGCUGCUAGCGUGGAUCUCGAGUUACCGGAAGAAAAAGAAAAAAUGUUUCAGGCAUCUAUGCCUUCUGUUCGCAGCGCAUCGGAUAAAAUGCCUAUAAUGGUUGUUCCUGUUCGACCUUUAUCAGGGAUUUGUGAGGUAAUAAAAAUUGGAAAAACGGUUAUGUCAGUGGAAUCAAGAAAGCCAACCUACCCACCAGCCAAGAAGGCUGCUGUCAUGCCGAUAACAUCAAACUAUAACAAUAGCAGUCACGUGAGAAUUUACAAGUCUCACCCAAAACCUGUACGAUUUGCCAACUUUGGCACUAGAAAAUUAGGCGGCGCUGUCGUGUGUGCAAAUCCAUUACUGGAAGAUCAAAAGAAUGAUAUGUUAGCUAAAAUAGAUUUUGCCUUAGAAUCUAAUAUACUAAAAGACAACAGUGAAAAGAAAUCUUCAGACUUAAAUGGAUUUGUCACUCACGCAGAUGCAAGCGAGCAGACUGACUCUCCGGCGCCCGCCCAUUCAGUAGAAAAUGGUCGGAUCGCUGAAAUUGCACCUCAACCGCAGCCAAUUCCUAUUCGUAGAAUUAUGUCCCGUCAUGAACUGAUUAUUCGUCUCAUUGACAGAUUUGGAUUUUGACUUAUGGGUAUUUGGGGGCUGUGGAUGGAAGUUAGCCUCCAGAAUUUAAGUCGCCAAAUUAUUUAUUGACUCUAAAUAGUUUUGAAGUCGCGGUAGCUACCAACAAUGCUGGGUUUGAUAGCGCUGUGACUGGUUUACUACUGCCACUAGGUUCUCUGCGAUAUAAGUUGUAUGUACCUAAAAUUUCUGAGGUCGGUUACAAUUAGUCCACAGGGAAGCUAGAAUUUAUUUUCAUUACAAGAAUUCGUGGUUUGUGGUGAACAUGCGGAGUUAAGAUGUUACUAAAAUUUGUUUAUUUAAUUAUAUUUUUGAAAUCGUAGCAAACUAAAGCAACUUCUUUGACUUAAAACGACCUACAAAUAGUUUUAUGGUUAUCAAAUUCCCAAGUUGCCACGAUAAACGAAUCCCGAAAUAGGAUGUUAAUGAAAUACGGUAAAAAUGACAAAAUUAGUACAAAAUAAAUAGGAAUGUAGUAUAUUAAUUAUAUAUAAACCUUCUAAGAUAUUUUUUCGAAUAAGAAACUCUGAAUAAAACAUUAGACUGAAAAUAGUAGUCUGUACAGGUUCGAGAACCUAAAACGUUAUAUAACUUCGUAUAUUUUACAACUUGCAACUGUUUUAUGAUCCUAUUUUCAUAUUCCUUCAUUCCUUUUUCGUUUAUUUGGUACUCGAAACAUAAUUUCUUACCCAAAAUUUAAAACUAAUAAUUGUCCGUUCAAAUGUAAGUCUACAGAGACCAUGAAGUUCAUAUAUCAUGAACAUUAUGUUACCUUCUUUACAUAUAAGAGCCUAGACCAAGAAAGAGAGAAAAAAAUUAUAUUUCAUUAACUCCCUAUAUAAAUUAUUUUAAAUUUAAGCCUAGAUCAUUUGAUUCCAGUAAUUUUUGUUAAUGUUAGUGUUAUCGUUUUUUACUGUGACUUAUACAGCGUGUGUGAGUAUAUUUUUACGUAAUAGACAGUAAUUUAUAAAUCUCUUCUUAGUUUCAUUCAUUAGUUUUUUUU